GGGGCGCGCAAAGCUACACUGGUCAGGUGAUGAAAUACCUUCACUUCUCUUCACCUGCUCUAGUUUCCGCACGGGACUUGAAACAAGCCCAAUGGCGACAGAGUACACAGAUCUAGAGUUGGCCAUCAACACCUUGGUCACAAACUUUUACUCAGCAUCACCGAAUAAUGCUGAUUCGCUCACAGCCCAAGAGUUCCAGAGCAUGCUCUCCAAAGAGCUGCCCACCAUGGUGAAAACAGCAGGAGACCAGGAAGGACUCAGCAAAAUCCUGAAGGAUAUGAACGUGGAAGAAGGGCAGGGCAUCACGUUCAAGGAUUUUUGGCAACUGGUUGAGUCUCUGGCCAAUAAUCAAUUUGGAUCGCAGAGCAAAGAGAAGCAGGUGAAAUGUGUGAAAUGCAGUCUGAUGUAAGACCGGCCCUGAGCAAACAAGACCAGUCAACAUUACGUAGGUGUCUGCCACUGCCCUGAGAAAACACGUCCAAUCUGUCACUCCUAUUUCCCAUCAUUCCUCUGCAUUUUUCUGCUGGUCACUGGUCUUAUCAUAAUUAGGUGUCGCAAGGAGCUUCCUGAAAAAAUACCCCUCAAGCCCUUAUGAAACCGACCACCAGUAUAAUCUCUAUCAUCAGUGUAACCUGAGCCACACCUGCUUGGCCAGAUAACGUAAGAUCCAGUGGCGCAUUUAUUUCCUUAUUUGUUCUGGUGCUGAAGUGUUUUUGUGUUUAUAUGUCACCUUUAGCCUGCUCAAUAUUUUAACUUUAUUUUUUUAUACACAUAAUUGGAAAAAAAAGUUUUUUUAAGUGACAAUUGUGAUCGUAUUUGUUUGUGCUGACUGACAUGAAUUCGUAAACAUAUAAUGUGAAUUAUUUUAGAGGGAAAGUGAUGACACAACAUAUACUGUACUGUAUUUGGGUUUAUGUUAACACAAUGUAAUUAUCUGUGUUGAUAUUAUUAAAUGUGCUAAGAUUGCUGAGCUGGAAUAAUUAAAAUACCACUGAACUUGAAAGAGAUAAUCAUUGUUGAUCUGUAUAGCUGCUAUUUAAUCCUCAUGGGAACCCAACAGACCAUUCCACGUCCCUUUAGGCUUACAGAGAGCCUAAAUAUGAAACUUAGAAGUGAUGAUGGAAGAGCUGGGAGCCAAACUUGGAAUUAUUUUUAAUAAUCUGCAUGUUAAAUCGUCAUAUUAUUCAUAUAAUACAUUUAAGGUAAACAUUUUUAAAACUCAAUACUAGUACACCCAAAUUUCUAUGUUAAAAAAAUAGUAAAUUCAAAUUUAAAAAUAGGAAAAAUCAAGAGAAGCAAAAAAUUGAAAAAUUUUGUUGAAAUUUUGUAGGUUGUAAUUUGCAAUAUUUUUCUUGAAUUUAAUUGUAUUAUCUUUCAAUUUAUACAUUUUUGGUGACUAAAAUAUUAUUUUAAUAAAUAUAUCAGUUUAAAAAAGUCUGUUUUGUUUAAAUGUACCAAAAUACAUUGCCUAUAAUCACUUAGAAAUGGAUACAAAUAUUCAUUUUCAAAAUGGGGUGUACUCAAUUAUGCUGAGCACUGUAAGUAGCAUACUUGGAGGGAAAACGUGCUUUAUGCAUUAUAAAGCUUAACGCAUCAGAAUUGGUACUCUGUAUCAGCUGCAAAAAUCCUGAUCAGAGCAUCUCUAGUUGUAGUUAUGGCUUUUGGAGCAUCAAAUUGUUUUUGAGCACUAUUUGUUGCAGAAUUUCAGCAUUAGACAGUUAGAAAUAAAGAUUUUAAGAAUUUUAAAAAUUGUAAGAGGUCAAUGUAAAAAUUCUAUUCAAUUCAAUUCACCUUUAUUUGUAUAGCGCUUUUACAAUGUAGAUUGUGUCAAAGCAGCUUCACAUAAAAGGUCAUAGUAAAUUGGAACAGUGUAGUUCAAAAAUGAGUAUGAAAAUUUUCACAUGUACAUCAUAAACACGGCAUGUAAACAUACUGUGGGGAUUAAUUCAAAAUUCAAGCAUGUUUUUUUUUUAUGAAAGUGGGCCUGGGAGUUGCUUACUAGCAACUUGCUCUUUCUUGGAGUGAGAGCAAUGCUAGAAGCUCUAACCAUAAAAGCAAAACAUGGUAUGAUUGCUUGAAUCAAAUUUGAUGAUGUGUUUGUUUCUUCACACUUUAGUUCUUUCUUGUCUUUUGAUCUUUAUCUAUUUAUAACAUUAAUUGAUUUAACCACUCUAUUUGGCACUGCGUUGGCAUUACUCUGUACUGUUGUUACUAAAUGUAUGAUAUAGAAGGGCCUUGCAGGUAUGAGAAUUUUUCUUGUCAAACUGGUCCAAAGACAAUGGUCCUUCAGUUCCUAGAAAUAAAUACAGCAUAACACCAGUUCUGCUUUUACUUAC